AUGAAAGAAGAAUUACUUCCUCAAUCGAACCUUUCCGGCUCACAAACUUCCAAACUUGAGCCGAACGUGCAAAAAGACUGCAUAGAACCAGAUAAGAUGAUGGCAGGACGUAGAGAGAGUCUCUUUUCGUUGUCACUGCGUUCCCAGCCUUCCUAUUGCUCAGAAUUAUCCUGGGACAGUGAGGACGAAGACGAUUCUGACUCUUCGUGCUUUUCCGAAGAUGAUUAUCUAGAUGCACAAAUAAUCAGAGGAGAUUUCAUCCUCGAAAAGCCCCUGGAUGCAAAAGAGUUGGAUCGCUUGUUCGACUGGGGGGUUGGAUACAAGGCUCCUCCCAAGUUCACAGAAUCGGUGCAUGACUUCCCUAUGAAAGUUCCCACUCGAAGAGAUUCCAUAACUGAUAAUGACACCUUCAGUAGAAGUGACGAGUUUCGAAACGAUAUUUUUAGAUCCACUCGAAGCGAUGCUUUUGAAUCCGUCUUAUCUGCAAUCUCAGAUGAAUUUGAAUCCAGAGAUCUUGAUUCUUUAGACUCACGGUUCAGCUUGGAUGAUGAAGAGAAGGAUGACCCAAAGACACCUCCCACCUCGAAAGGGAGGAACAACGAAAGCUGCAUGGUGGAGGAUGGAGCGGAGUCAAUUGCUGACUCUGCAUAUGGAUCCAACUCCAGUACAUUGGAAGACCGAUGGACGGAGGGCGGAACUCACGAAAAGCUGCAGCCUAGUGUCAAUAGGUGGAGAGAUGGAUUGACUCCUGACAAAAGUCUGAGACCAAGCAUAGAACGACCAAUGAUGCCACCGCCGAGGAGAAGACCCAGCAACAGUGGUGAUGAUUGGGAUGUCACCAAAAGGCAUUCCUUAAAGAGCUCUUCCUUGCACUUCGAAAUCAUCAAUUCACAAAUCCAAGCCGAGGUGGGACUAAGAAUGUCCGACUCUCUUCCAGCACAGAAGAUCAUGGAAGCAAUCAUGUCUGUUUUGCAAAACCCGGACUAUCAAGAAGAGUCGAAGGAAGAAUCGAAAUACGAACAAUAG